AUGCGGCCAUCAGGCUACACGAAGCAGGUGAACGACAACCCAGACGAGGAUAUGAUGGGCUCGAACACGAGAGUGUCGCUCGACAGCAAAUUCGCGUCGGCCGUUGGUGCGUACCCCUGUUUCCCGGCACCUCUGCCAAUCCCCGAGACGGUUCCACACUGGCUGCUGUCACGGCAGCAGGCAACUGCGGUUUCACUAGUCCAGCCAUCCUAUCUGGUGUACGGUAUGGCGCAGAGCGGUGCGGGCGCACACCCCGGCUUCAUAGCUGUACCUAAGCAGGAGACAUUGGCGGGAGGAGAGGAUUCGGAGGAAGAUGGAGAGGGCGAGAACGAGCCAGGAACAAAGCCGACCAAGUACACAGGGGUCUAUGUGGAGGCCGAUACAGGCAAGUAUGGGGUGAAGAUCGUCGCAAAGGACAAGGAGGGGAAGAAGAUAACGAAGAGAGUCGGCGCGUACACCACGAUAGAGGAGGCAGCGUAUUGCUACGCGGCAGCUGCCCACGUGCUGAGGCCUGGUAAAGGCACCCGGAACUCUGUGGCUUUAACACCGGCUGAUAAGGCAGGUUUGAAGGGGUGCACUCCCGAAAUCCUGAAAGUAAUGGUGGAUGCCCGCAUGUGGUGGCGCUGGAGGGUAUGGAGGGAGACUUACGAAGGUCUGAUGCGGAAGGCAGCGCGCACAAAGAAGAAUGCAACACGUGCAAAGAGGGGGAGACCGCGCAAGGGGAGUGGUGAUCAGGGUGGGGGCACGGCAGGGGAGGGUGAAGGCGAGAAGGCUGGCAAUAAUACUGGGGGUGAGACAUCGAACGCUUCUCCCGGCAGGGUCAGCAAACAAGCGCUGGUGAGUGACUCGCCCGAUUCGCAUUCCAAUAGCGACGCUGCUCCUCGUCAGGCGAACCGGAAUCAAGGCGAGGACGUAGAAGGGGGCAAACAGGCACACAUUGUGAGCAAUACAAACGCAUCCAAAGAGGAGGAUGACGAGGAUGUGGGUGACGCGAUGCGCACGAUGUUCAAAACCAACGCGUACCGCGAGAACGAUGCUGUGGAGACGCAUGGCGAGGAGGUGCGCGUUUCCGCGGGAGUAUUCAGGAGCCUGCUUAAGUCGCAGGACGAGAGCGCGCAGAAGGUGGCCCGCUUGGAAACUCUGCUUUUGGAGGCGCUGGCGAAGUCCGAUGGGGGGUUCCGUCGGCGCAAGGCGGAGCGGCAGAGGGAUCCCGGGCAGGGAUGCAUGAACCCAAAGCGCCAGCGUCGCGGCGAGGCAGUGGCAGACGUUGAGGAGGAUGACGAUGAGGAGGAAGACGAUGACUACGAGAACAUGGCACAAAUUCGCACGCGUCGGAAGCACAUGCGCUCUGCGAAGUCGCUUGUUCUGCAGCGCGCACUUGAUCUGCUGCCGGCCGACAAGGCUUGGAAGCGCCUAUGCGAGCUGGUCCGAGUGCAGCUGUUCUUGAAGAAGCCAGCCGCAACCAUGACUUUCUAUCCGAGCUCAGACGACAAGACUUAUGGCGUUUCCGCAGUGAUUGAGCGCCUGCCGCAUAGCUUCGCGUGCCUUGCGCUUGCCGCGGACAAGUCCCGUCGUGCUGACCUUAACAAGACGCUGAGCGAGUGGAAGACAAGGGCAGCCGGACGGGUCCAGGACAUUGCGCUCCCUAAGCUUGGAUUCUUCCGUGAUGAGCGCGACGAGGCAAGCCCGUGGGCAAGGGACAACGCACGCACGCUGGAGCAGAUUCGGGAGCGCAUUGGGCUCGGUGCGGAGGAGAGCGGUAAGCGGUGUUCUGGUGCUUUUAGACAGUGCAUCAUGUAUUGGGAGCAGAGGAUGGGCCGCCUCUCUAGCUCGGCCGGGGGGAACGGCCACGUCGUGAACGGGCUCAAGGUGCUUGUGAAGGGCUCCGUUUCACAAGCCAUCCGUCACUUCAAUCCAGAGUACGACGACGAGAAGGAGGAAUGA